CCCGGUCCGGAUUGAAUCUAAGCGUAAUCGAACAAUGCCUCGGAUCGCAAAUCCCCUCACGCGCAAUCGCGCAAUCUCCGCUGCUUCCCUCCCAUCGCUCCUUCUCAUCGGCAUCGGCAUCGCCAUCGCUAUUCUCCGAGUAUCUUCUCCUUACCUUGGCGGCAUAAAAGAAGGAAAAUCUGUCUCCUCCGCUCCUUGCGCCGCCAAGACGAGUCGCAGCUGAACAAAACAAGGGAGGAGAGGCGCCUUUCUGAUUCAUCUUUCUCUCCCAUCGGGACUACUUUUGUCUGGAUAAUUCUUGCGUUCGUUCGUUAACCCUAGCUUCUCUUCUAGAUCUGGAAGAGACUCUUCUUUUAAUUUCAGAAUACAAGUAACAGUUUGGGGGUUCUCAAGUUGGAUCCGCCCCUGCUCCCAUGGUGACAUCCGAUGAAGAUGCUAAGAAGGCGUAUGCUGAUUUCGAGAAGAAGGUCAAGAGGACGAUCUAUAUUGAUCAUCUUUCCCCUCAAGUCACGAGCUCAGUAAUUAAAGCAGCUCUUGCCCAAUGUCCAAAUGUUGUCGAUGUGGAGUUCAUUGUUAAUUACACAGUCCCGUAUGACAUUCCUUCUGCUGCAUUGGUGGAAUUGGAUGACGAAAUACAAGCUAAGGCUGCACUAGACUUGAUGAAUGAUUUCCCUUUCAUAAUUGGCGGGAUGCCAAGGCCUGUAAGAGCUAUAUGUGCAAAGCCCGAGAUGUUUCGGGAGCGCCCUCCUCACCCUGGCAUCAGGAAAGAGUUCCGGUGGGUAAAACAAGAAGAUGGAACAGAGUAUCAAGGAAUGAAGAAAUUGAGGAUCCUAGCAAAAAGGCAAGAAGUAGAAAAUAUGGCACUCAUAAAGAAUCAAUUGGAAGAGGAGAAGGAGCUGGCAAAGCAGCAACAGGAAUUACUCGAUGGAAAUUACAAUAAGUACGACAUGCUGGAGAAUGUCGUACAGAACGGAAACAUGAAGAGCCUAGCUCAGCAUUAUGGAGUCAGCCUGGCCGAUGAGUUUUGACAAUCCAAUCCAUGAGCUGCUCGCUCACUCAUAAGUCCGGUCUAGUUCCCGCCUUCCCGGUGCAGCAACAUGCCUAAUAACCUUUUUUUUUUCUCUCUCCCUCUCCCUCUCCCUCCCCACCUCUCUCUCUCGGCCUUUAGGGCAGUGAUAAAUCAUGUCAAUGUGUGAGAUGAAGUAAUAAUCCAAUGACUGGUUUGAGGCACGCAUUAGGCGUGAUCAAAGGCAUAUCCUUUGUGUAAAGAUAGUUGCCUGCCUGCUAUAAUUUAUCUGGAGGGGCUAUUGACAACAGCACUGGUUUCUUCCUUGUGA